AUGCAGAGGGUGGAGAGGGGCUGUCUGCCCUGCACAAACUGCCUCGUCACCGUCCCGCAGGAUCGCUAUUUCGCCGUCGAGAAGUUUGGAAGGUUUUCGCACAUGCUGAAGCCGGGCUUGGCUACAGCUGGCCUGGACUGCUGUGGACUUUGCAUUGGAUUCCGAUCCAUUACUUCCCGUACUGAGCAGAAUCUGGUGACAGUUCAGACCAAAACCAAGGACAACGUGUUCGUGCACGUGAAGGUCGCUGUGCAGCAGGCAGUGAUGCCUGAAUACACAGAGCUUGCAAUGUACAAAUUAGACAACGUCCAUGUCCAAAUAGAAUCCUAUGUGGCCGAUGUGGUGCGUUCAUACAUUCCGCAGAUGACGCUGGAUGAGGCCUUUGAGAAGAAGGAUGACAUUUCAGACGCAGUCCAGAAGAAGCUUGCCCAGGAAAUGGCAAACUUUGGCUUUUCCAUCACAAAGGCUUUGGUCACAGAGGUCACACCAAACUCAGAAGUCGUUGCGUCAAUGAACGAGAUCAACAAGCAGAAACGCCUUCGGGAUGCUUCACAAAUGGCUGCAGAGGCUGAGAAGAUAAAGGUGGUCAAGGCUGCUGAGGCUGCGGCUGACGCGGCACAGCUGCAGGGAGAAGGCAUUGCAAGGCAGCGUCGUGCCAUCAUCGAUGGUCUGAGGGACUCGAUUACGCACGGAUCCGGCGAAACCCUGUCAACGGAGAAGAUCUCUGAGUUGCUGCUGAUCACGCAGUAUUUUGAGACACUCCGAGACGUGGCCGCGUCGAACCGGUCCAGUACAGUUUUCCUCCCGAGCGGACCGCACAGCCUGGGCAUGUCGCUGGUGUCUUUUGAGGGUGGAAUUUCUUGGGAACAUCAUGCAGUCUGCAAACAGACAUCUUUGGAUACUCUUCAAGCUUAG